AUGGUGAUCACCACCAUGGCUUCACCUCUUGCGAUCCGCGACGAUGCUCCUCCUCCUAAGGGAGGUAACCUCACCUGGUGCAUCACCAACCAGUCUGGCUACAACACUGUGGGCAUCCACAACAACUUCGAUACUCAGGAGAUCGAUGCCUACAUUUUCGACAGCAACUGCAAUGUGCUCACCAGCACCAAUGAGGUCCUCACCGAUUCGAACUACACCAUCAGCUGGAAGGAUGGCUCGGGCAACUCCAAGACCGGAUACAUCUACGUCCACGAUGUGACGGGUGGCAGUGACGAGUUCUGGUGCAACGGCGCCCACUACCAGGACGGAUGGACCUUCGAGAGCCCUUUGCCCGUCUACUACGAGUACCGCUACUUUACGUGCUGA